GCCUGCUGCCCUGCAGGCCAGUCGUCCAAGUGCUCCAGACUUGUCGGAUGUUGUGCUGGCAGCCCUCCUGGUGUAGCACGCUCACCGCCAUGCUCACGCGAGGCUGCGCGCAUGCCAAUCUGCCAGCCGUGGCCGUGUCCGCCAGCGCUGACUCAGGGCCAGACACCGAACGACAACGCUCAACCCAGGCUAUUCCGGGCCAUGACUAUGACGAAAAGACGAGAGAUGUGCUGCCCUCUCCACCGCGCCGCCGUCGCAGACGGGCACAUUCCCCUGGCCUGCGCUGCUCCGGGCACGCCGCCGCACCCUUCCCGCGCGCCGUGCCUCCACACAGACAUGGUAGCUUUGGUCGGCCGUUGCACCUUGCGCCAAAGCUCUUGAGAUUGAAACCAAGGUUUGGUCGCCGCAUGUCGCGGCAACCUUCUUUGCCAAAGAUCGCAGUCGCUGGCUUCUGGAGCGCUGCGUUAGCCAUCCGGAAUCCUGGGAGCAUCUCCGACGAUCUUGCCUCAGCUGUAAAUUCUCCGCCGCGAACUCAUCACCACGACCCGCCGCUCGGGUGCUGUCUUCCACGCUCCAUUGUUUCUUGACAACGUUUCGCAGCUCGCGCCUACAUUCAAGCGUCGCGUCGCC